GAGCCAAAACUUGUUUUAUAUGAUUGUUGUGUUUCAUUUGAAUCAAUUAAAUACCGCGCAUCUCCGCUUCAAAAUAAAAAUAUAAUAAUAAUAUCAGUUUCACUUCUUAAAAAAAUGUUGAUAUUUAAAAUCUAACAGUUAAAAAACUUGUAGAAGCAAGGAGAAGCUGAAAGGCCAAAAGUUUUGUCUACACAUCCAUAUUUAUAUGUGCACGCCGGUAUUUAGUACAAGUAGAGAGCAAUCGCGCACUACUUUGCUAUCUUGACUCUAUAGGAUGGAGAGCUGGCCAGGAAACAGGGAUGCGCAAGCUAAUGUUCUGUCUCGAUUACCUACAAGGGAAUUUCUUGGUUUGAAAAGUGUUUCUAAGGAUUCUUGUCGUUUCGUAUCAGAACUUAUGUCAGAAAGCUCAUUCAUUCCACAGCAUUCGAAGAAGAAAGAACCAAAUUCUGGUUUCUUUUACCAGGAAAGUUUCAGAGGGUAUGAUGAUGACAUCAAAUUUGUUAGCUACAUUAUUGCUGGAAAGGAAGGUGUCCAGGUGCGUCGCAGAGUUCUUGAGUUCCUGCCUGAAUAUGUUGUACUUCAGGCUUCAACUAAUGGUCUAGUUUGUUGUCAAAGUUGCUUCGGUUCUAAACACCGACUAAUUUACAUCUGCAAUCCCAUAAACAAGCAAUGGAUCAGCCUGCCAUUUCCUCAAUUUGACACCAAAAGCAGCUUAGCCUUAGCUUUUGACCCUUUCUCUGAUGUCAAAGAUGAUGCUACAAACUUUAAAGUUGUUCGAGUUUAUGAAGCUGAUAAAAAGAGAUACAAUUCUUUGUUUGUAUUUGAUGUGUACUCAUCGGAAAACAAAACGUGGAGGAUGUCAGUGGAGAUAUGUCACUGUACUAAAAAAUUGUUUAAGAACAAAGGCAUCUUUGUGGCAGGUUAUCUGUAUUGGCUAACGAAUGGCGACCAGAUCUUGAUGUUUAGUCCUAAAGAAGAGCUAUCUUUGUUGAUAGCAGUACCUGUACCACGAGCAGAGUAUAGGAGCAUCCCUCAGAUGUGUUUAGGAGAAUAUAAAGGCAAACUUUGUUACGUUGUAGUAUCUGUGGAUGGAUUCGUGCUGUGGGUGCUGGAGGACAUGUUUAAUUCUGUGUGGAAACUGGAACAUUCAGUAGCUCUAGACCUGCUCGAGGUCAAACAUCCGUCAUUUCCAGGUAAUACUUCUAGCAGAAUACAGAAUCAGUUGGUUCCCCUUAUAGAUCCUCUACUUGUCACGGAUGGACAGUUGUUUAUGAGAGUGUCAGAGGAUAUCUUCUUGUAUGACUUCAACACAGGAGAGAUGAAAAUGCCGUGUCACUUUUCUGAGUUGGGAUUUAACUACUUUUUCUCUCCGCUUGUGCUUCCAUAUUCAGCAAGUUUGGUUCGAUUAUGUAAUGUCUAGGGACACAAUCAUCUGUUCGAAAUGUUUGUCAUGCCAUCAGUUCUUUUUUCUGAACUCAAAUCAUAUCUAUUUACUGGGAGCGUAUAUUAAGCAUGUGGAAAUGAUUCACUCUGUCCUUUUUGA